GACUGCUAGUGUGAUGCGCUGAGGAGAGAGAGGUUAAGCUCCCACAGCCACACACUAUACAGUCUGAUCUUCUACACCCGGUCUCUGCUAAACUUUAUCUAAAAGUUCGCAUUUGAAGAUGUUCAACGACACUGCUUUGUACUUAGAUCCGUCCUGUCUACACCAGUCUGCUUCCUCCUCAUAGAUAUAACUUUAGGCGAUUUUUGUAUUCUAUUGACCAAGACGUCUCCAGAUUCCCAGCUGCGGAGAUAUGUGCGAGAGAACGGGGUCGGAGCAGUGCACGGAUUGUCUUUCGCCCGCAGAGGAAAAGCGUGGAAUAAACACGAAUUAAUGUGGAAUUUAUUGGAGCCCAAAGCUGGAAGGACGACUGGACACAGCGCUUCCUUAUCAGGGACUAACUGACCAUGGUCGCCGUGUUUCGUUCUCUCUUGGUACUGCUGCUGGCUCAGGUGUUGCUGGGAGGCGCUGCGGGACUAAUCCCCGAGGUCGGCCGGAGGAAGUACAGUGAGUCCGGGAAACAGAGCCCGGAGCAGUCUGAGAACUUUCUCAACGAGUUCGAGCUGCGGCUCCUCAAUAUGUUCGGACUUAAGCGGAGGCCGAACCCGAGCAGACAGGCUGUGGUGCCUCAGUACAUGGUGGACCUGUACCGUAUGCAUUCGUUGAACGGAGACCACAGCACUAAACGGCCCCGGAGCAUGGGGAGGCACGCAGAGAGAGCCGCCAGCAAGGCCAACACGAUUAGAAGCUUUCACCACGAAGAGUCCAUGGAGGCUCUGGCCAGUCUGAAGGGCAGGACAACCCAGCAGUUCUUCUUCAACCUCACCUCCAUCCCUGGAGAAGAGCUUAUCACCUCUGCAGAGCUCCGGGUAUACAGGGACCAGGUCCUGGGGGCCACAGCAGCUCCCACCAGUAACACCAGUCACAACAGCAGUAACAGCUCCAGGACCAGUGCUGGUGGCUUCCAUCGUAUCAACGUGUACGAGGUGUUUGGAGCCCCUGCGUCUCCCCGUGGGGAACCCCUGACACGCCUCUUGGACACACGGCUGGUGCAGGACUCUCUGAGCCGCUGGGAGAGCUUUGACGUCAGCCCCGCCGUGUCACAGUGGACCUCCGGGGGGCGCCACAACCACGGCUUCCUGGUUGAGAUGCUCCACCCAGACACCCUGGAGGGCGAAGAGGGCCAAAGACAGAGACGACACGUCAGGGUAAGCCGCUCCCUCCACGGGGACCAGGACUCAUGGCCCCAGGCUCGCCCCCUGCUGGUGACCUACGGUCAUGACAGGCAGGGGAAUGCGGUGCUGCACAGGGACAAGAGGCAGGCAGCAGGCCACAGGAAACAGAGGAAGAAGCACCAACACAAGGCCAACUGCCGCAGACAUGCCCUCUACGUGGACUUCAGCGACGUGGGCUGGAAUGAGUGGAUAGUUGCACCCCCUGGCUACCAUGCCUUCUACUGCCACGGGGAGUGCCCCUUCCCAUUGGCCGACCACCUCAACUCCACCAACCACGCCAUCGUUCAGACGCUGGUCAACUCUGUGAACUCCAACAUCCCCCGGGCGUGCUGCGUGCCCACAGAGCUCAGUCCCAUAUCACUGCUCUAUCUGGACGAGUAUGAGAAGGUCAUCCUCAAAAACUACCAGGAUAUGGUGGUGGAGGGAUGUGGCUGCCGGUGAGACACACCGAGACAGAAGGAUGGAGGGAUGGAGAGACUCAGAAAGAGAGAGAGAGGGAGGUUAUAUGGACACCCGGUUUCCCAAUGAAGACGUUUUAUUUAUAUGACAGAAAAGACACAAACAUAGCUAUUUUGGAAGAAGAUUAAAAAACAAAUAUAUAUGAAUAUAUUUAUGUCUACUUAAAGUUGGGGAAAAAAUAAAUAUUUUACUCAGAGGAA